GUUUAAGUCGUAAAGCAACUUUCAUUAAAGAUGUCUGGAAGAGGAAAAGGCGGUGGCAAAGUUAAAGGAAAGUCAAAGACUCGUUCAACUCGCGCUGGACUUCAAUUCCCUGUUGGACGUAUCCAUCGUCUUCUUCGUAAAGGCAAUUAUGCUGAGCGCGUUGGUGCUGGUGCUCCAGUGUAUCUCGCUGCUGUAAUGGAGUACUUAGCUGCUGAAGUUUUGGAAUUGGCUGGGAAUGCUGCUCGUGACAAUAAAAAAACUAGAAUCAUCCCACGUCAUCUUCAGCUGGCUAUCCGCAAUGACGAGGAAUUAAACAAAUUGCUCUCUGGUGUUACUAUUGCCCAAGGUGGUGUUUUGCCUAACAUCCAGGCAGUUCUCUUGCCUAAAAAGACGGAAAAGAGUUCGUCAUAAAUUUUCGUUUCUCACUCCAUUCAAAUCGGCCCUUUUCAGGGCCACUAUAUCAUUUAAACGUUGCACAAGUAUUUCACUGUCUCUAAAAAAAUUUAUUUUUUAGUUUAAUAUCAUGUAAAUAAAAAUUGAUAUUUAAAUAAAUAUAAAUAUCAUUCAGCAUCUCAUGAACUACAGCGAGAUAAAUGAGUGAUAGUAAUUUAUUUCAUUGACUUAAUUUUAAAAUAAACUUAUGGCUGAAUAACUUGUAAAUAAGAAUUAUGAUUG